AGCCGAAACUGUGUUGUCCGUUACGUUUUUGUAGUAAGUUCUAAAUUGCCUUUGUUGUUUAAAUAUUUGAAUGUACACAUGAUCUGACAGGUUUCAGUUGGCCCACUGCCAUGUUUUUAAUAAGAUUUAUUAGUUUUAAGGACUAGGUAAACACGAAGAUAAGAGAAUGGAGGAGACUUCAGCAAGUGUGGUAAACUACUGGGUGGCGGAAGGCACCCUUGAGGUCCUCCAGAUCUAUAAACUCCUGCAAUGUGUACGGGAGAAAAACAAACCACAGAUAAGUAAGAUGGUCGACGUGGGUGUAUCCAAUCUGCUAAAUCUGACCGAACCCAAACAAGGACUCGGUGCCUUGUACCAGGCCUCUCUGGACCGUGAUGAAGACUUGGUACGGUUCCUCCUGUCACUGGGAGCCCAUCCUGACAUACGGGACAAGAAGGGCCGCACACCACUGAUGCUGGCUGCACAGUUGGGCUACUUCAAUAUUGUGCAUCUUUUGAUCACAAAUCAUGCAAAUGUGAAUAUCACAGAUGAAGAGGGUAAAGGGGUGCUGUUCUACUGCGUCUCUCCAGCUAAAGAACAUGCUCUCUGCCUGCAGAUGGCGCUCAGCUGCAAUGCAAAUGUCAACAAUGUGUCUAACUCGGGGAAGCCACUGCUUGUGUUCGCCUGUGAGAAUGCAAAGGACUGUGAAGAUCUGUGCAUAAACAUUUUGGAGAAAGGAGCUGAUCCAAAUGCAGUAAAUCAGGUGACAGGAUGCUCUGCGCUCAUGGAGGCAUCUAAGGCUGGUGCUGUGAAACUUGUCAGAGCCAUUUUACAAAAAGGAGGGAAUCCUGACAUACUUGAUCAGGAAGGACGAUGUGCUGCCCACUUUGCCGCAGAAGGAGGUUUCCUUGAGGUUUUAAAGGUGCUGUCUGCAUACUCUGCUGACUUGGGUAUCAGCUCGACAAAGGGUAACACACCACUGCACUUCGCGGCUGCUGGCGGCUUUAAUGAUUGCUGUAGAUUCCUGGCCCAAAGAGGAUGUAAUCCUAAACUGAAGAAUCUGGAAGGUCAACUUCCAAGCCAAGUCGCCAAAAGCAAUGGCCACAAAGCUGCCCUGAAGGAGCUCAAGAAAGCAGAGAAAAUGCAUGUGAAGCUAUCUGCGCCCAAUGCUGUAAACCCCAAUGAACUCUGGGCUGUCACCCUUCAUGACUGGUCCUGUGAACAUGAGACAACCUUGCGCAAAGCCUUUGAAAUUGCUGAGGGACUCAACAAACCUGUUGAAAAUGUUUCUUUGGAGAAUUUUCUGUCUCAGCUUCAAGCGAAUCAAACUCCUGUAAGUAAUGAGAACCUACAAAGGAUCAUCAUGGAACAUGACAAAAACCGUGAAAGUGUCAUCAACUUAAAUUACUAUUUCAAAGGCCUCAAGUACCUCCAGAACGCCUUUAUCAUCUCAUCCUACGCUCCGAAGCAGGCUAAGAAGGAAAAGGGUGGCAAGGCAAAGAAGAGUGGCAAAUCUUCCUCAUCAUUGCCCAUAUGCAUAAUGCCACCUGAGCAAAUCUCAAUAAGAGAGGACAGUGGACUACCUUACCACAUGAUCGAGAUCUACCAGCCAUUCACUGACACCAACCGGUUCAACCCAGACCGGCCACCAAUUCACCCCAUUGAGAAUGAUUCGGCUUGGUAUAUCGAUGAAUCUGAAAAGACCUAUACCAACAUCCAUUACUGUGUGAAGACUGGAGAUCUAGAAUCUCUCAGCCUGGCGUUUACCCAACAAGUGCCUGUUGAUGUCAAGGAUCAGUUCUUUAAGACACCACUCAUGACAGCGUGUAGCUGUGGCAACUACCAAGUAGCUAAAUUCCUCAUUUUACUGAGGGCUGAUGUCAAUGCAGUUGACCAGUUUAACUGGACGCCCCUCCACCAUGCUUGCCAUGCAGGUCAUGUAGACAUUACCAUCAUGCUGGUGCAAUCUGGAGCCGUGGUGGAUGCAGUGGCAAUGAAUGGAGCAACUCCACUCAUGAGAGCUAUUGAAAGCUGUCGAUUCAGCUGUGUAGAGUAUCUCAUCAAAGCUGGAGCCAAUGUCAUGGCAAAAAACAAGAGAGACCAAAAUUGCUUGGACAUUGCUAUGAAUUAUGGUGAUGCAAGAAUCAUUAGUUUGCUCAUGGCCAAAUUCAGCAGAAAGGACAAAGAAAAACCAACUUUAAAAACAGCCUCUUCAGCACAAGAAAAGAUGCGUAUUCGGUCACCAGCACCAUUGGUUUCAGCAGCUGUGAAAAAAGACCUAAGAGACAAUAUCAUAGUUAAGAACCCAAAGUUCAAGAUUAGAAGUAGCACCAACAAGUCUGACAUCAGCUUUGUUCCCAAAACCCUUUGGGGAAAACAUCUCACCAACAGUCCACAACACACUGAGAAGUAGAAGGGAACACUGACAAAAAGACGACUCUCAAGGACUUCAAAGACUUUAACAUGAGCAUCCCAGAGCUGAAUGGGAUUAAACGACUGGGGAGGAAUAAAUUAAAUGUCUCUGUGCAAUACCUGCUUUGCAUUCAGAGCUACUGUCUGUCUUUCAUUUCUGACAAAUUAGUCUUUCCCAGACUUGUUAGUGUUUUGUCAUUUAAGAAA